AUCGAAGUUCCUGGCGUCGUCGUGAUCGGGGACCAAUCGGCAGGAAAGAGUUCGGUUCUGGAGGCGAUCUCCGGCAUCAAUUUUCCCCGUGGCGAGAAUACGUGCACCCGCAGACCAGCGAUUCUGCGCAUGGAAACCCGAUGCGGGAACGCACCUGGCGAAGCAGUCAAUGGGGUCGUCAGUAAUGAAUCGCUUACGUCGUACGCGUUGGUGUCCAAUGAGUCCGACCUUCACAAUGCAGUGCGAAUUCCUUUAACUGAAAUUGGAGGGGAAAUCCAGCGUCUGACACGCGACAAGGCUGGACCUGGCUCGAGCAUCAUCGCGGAUCCUAUCCACAUCAAAGUGGUGCAGGAUUCAGGACCGACGUUGACCCUAAUUGAUCUACCGGGAAUCACGCACGUGCACGAAUCGCAAAGUGACAUCCACGACGUCAUCGUGGGUCUACUCCGCACCUACAUUGCGAACGAGCAGAUGGUCAUUCUGGCUGUGGUGCCUGCGGUGAGUGAUUUUGGCAACUGUGAAGCCCUGAAGCUCGCCAAAGAAGUGGAUGCGGAGGGCGAGCGCACUGUUGGUGUGGUGAGUAAGAUAGACCAGAUCCAAAAGGACUCGGAU